AUGCCAAAGAUGGAAAAAGGGAGACCUCCGGAAAGCAAGCGGAGCAGAAAACCAGCUCAUCCCGUCAAGAGGGAGGUUAGCCAGGAGAUGAAGAGCUUUGCAGAAAACACUAUGAAUGAAUUGCUGGGCUGGUACGGCUAUGAUAAAGAAGACCUGCCGGAUUCAGAGGCUUCUGAUGUCAGGAGUCACCCCAGCAGAACCAGACGCCACCACGUAUCUGUGCUUAAAGAGAAUUCAGAUCCAAAGCCUGCUAUAAGUGAGAAUAAACUGGCAUCUGGUUUCUCUGCACCAGUUAAAAACAGAGUGAAAGAAUACACUGGCUUUCCUCUCUCUCCGUCAUCAUCUUUAUCUUCUCCCCACAUGAAGGACCUUCACAGCACCCAUGUCGUAGUGCCAGUCAUAAAACCGUCUGCAGUGGACGAGCAGCAGAAUGUUCAGAUUGUGUGUGUAUGGUGUCAGAAGGAGGGGCUUAAACGCUACUCUCUGGUCAUGGGCUCUGAACUCAAGAGCUUUUGCAGUGAGAAGUGUUUCGCCAUGUGCCGACGAGCCUACUUUAAACGCAACAAGGCUCGAAAUGAAGAUCGCCAGGGUAAUCAGUCUCCUCCACCUUCUGAUAAAAUAGUGGAAACGCCUUCGCAGUUCACUCUUAAGAUGAACAACAACACACGAGUUUGUGAUUGGUGCAAGCAUGUUCGUCACUCAAAGUACCUGGACCUUGGGGCAGGUGAAGAUAGACUGCAGUUCUGCAGUACCAAGUGCCUAAACCAGUAUAAGAUGGACAUUUUCUACAGAGAAGCCAGAGCUGCACUUACAACUUCUGCCUCAAGUCCAAGCCAACCAGAAAAUGAAAGUCCAGCUGGAGAAAGUGAGAACCUGUUGACUCCAGAAUCUUGGAACAAUGCUUCCCUAGAAGGAGAAACCAAGGAAACCUCAUCUCCCAAGGUUUUCACGCCUUUGUCAUCCUCUGGGUUAAGCUCCUUUUCAUCAUCAUCCUCAGUGAGAAUGUCUGUCUUGUCUCAACAAAAGAAAAGAGAAGGCUCAGGAUCCUCACAGGUUCAGCCUAGCACUACAGUGCCAUGUGUUCCACCACCUCACACUGUUGCAGAGCAACCAUGGGUGCCACAGAAGCCCCCAGGCUUUAAUCUGCCACAUAUUCAUAGCCAGCCUCGAAACCCAGGAUCCAGCCCAACCCAGAGAACCCCUAGUGUGCCUACAACUUUAGUUCGCCCAGUUCUUCCACCACAGAUCUUACAUUCAUAUCCAACACCGAUCAUGCCCUGUGUACCUACCUACCCUCAACCAGUUCCUUCAUUUAUGCCAACCCUGGGAUUGCCAUGUCCCCAAACUACCGUUCUCGUACCAUAUCCAAUUAUAGUCCCUUUACCUAUACCAGUGCCAAUUCCCAUACCAAUACCAGUGAACUCAGGGAUGUUAGGUCCUUCAAGAUUUGUUUGGAAUAGCAAGGAGGGGGAAAUGAGAGGAACCGAUGAAUCAGACACUCCUGAAGAUGUAGCUAAAAUAAGGAUGUCUGAGGAUCAAGACAUAAAUGACUACAACGUAUUGCCGCACAAAGUAAAAACUGAGCGGACAUCUCCAGAGUCUUCCCCCAUCUUAUCUGCUCAUCCAGAGCUCAGUUCUACACCUGUUUUUUUAGAAGUUCAAAGAGAAGACCGGAAGGAGUGUAAGGUGAUUCAGAGAGUCAUUUGCCAGGUAAAGCAGGAAGAUGAAUCGCGAUUUGGGCUCAACAUUAAUAACCAAAAAGAGGUCCUUCGCAGCAAGGAACAUGAAGGUGAUUCAGAAUAUCACCAUGAACAUCAGUCCCCUAAAUAUUACAGAGGAAGUGUACAGGUUCCUUUAUCAUACACAUCAAGUUCACCUCUUACACAUACAUCUUCUCCAACUCAAACGUUGAACACACAUUCUUCAAUCAUUGUGAGAAAAGCAUAUAAUAACAGCAGAGCCUCCAUAGUUACUCCCACAGCUUCUGUCAUAUUGAACAACACAACUCCCAGUCCAGUCUCCAUGUAUUCCUCAACCUGCAUAUCCAGCAUUCAGUCUGACCCCGAACACAGAACAAGCCCCACCCAAAUUGUAGCCCUAUCCCCGGAUUUUGAGGCUGCCAAAGAGAACGUCUCGGAAGACUGGGAACCUGGCUUAAAUAGUUCUAACCAAAUAGAUCAAACAGACUGUCCAACAGGCCAAUCAGAGGAGAGCAAGUUGCUCAUCACAGACAGUGAUGCUCUCACAGCAGAUGAACACACUUAUGCACGAUCCAUCCCUCCAAAAUUACGAGAGAAGAAUGCACACACAAUAACUCUUUCUCAGACAGUUAUGCACAAGAACUCAAACAUGCAUGCGUCGACUGCUGAGCAGAGUGACACACAUACUGAAAUAGAGCCAGCUUUGAAGAGGAGAUGCCUGAGGAUCAGAGACCAGAACAAAUAAAGCACAGAUAAGAGAGUCACACAAAUACAAUUACAAACGAUAUUUACAUGUACUUGUUUUUUAAAACCCAGAUACAAGUUGUUUUAGAUGUAAAAAUACAUUAAAACUAUUUAGCCACAGAA